AUGCUCCUCAGGGUGCCCGGUUUACCCCUUGUCCUGUUUGUGUCGCCUCGAUUCGUCUCCCAUUCGCUUUUUCUUUUCGCCUCCCCCUUUUUGACACUCCCCUUCCUUACAAGCACACCAGCCCCUCUUUCUCCUCCUUUUUUUCAUCCCUUGCCCCGUUUAUUCUACUUUCCUCCCCCCUCCACCCAGCCCACCACCCCCCCCCCCCCCCCCCCAUACCUUCUCUUACCCGAGAUCAUCACCUCCGUGUCCUGGUUCCGACGUUACAUCCCCCCCGACCUACCGACCUACCCGCCAACUCUGAACAACGCCCGAGACAAUUCUUCGCCUCCCUCCCCCACUACACUACCUCUUCCACACUUUGCAUUUACAAAGCCCGCCAUUUUUCUUCUUCCACUUCUCACACCCAGUUACCUCUACUUUUCAAAAAUCUUCUACUUAACCCCCGCGUUGUCUCUGCCCUUCCUCUACAAGCCUCCGUCUCCUCCCUCUGUCCCAACCUCAUCCGUUGAACACCCCUCCUCACGCUCCCCCCUCCCCCGUACCUUCGCAGGACAGUCUGGUACCUCCACGCCUCGUUCCCAUAUUUCCGCCCACCCACUCCUUCUGCACACUGUCAUCUUCUCCGGAUGGCAACCCAGCCCCCGGCCCCCUCUGCCCCAGAGGAGGCUGCCAAGCAUGUAACCAUUUGGAAUCGUAUUGAGCACCGCAAGAUCGCUGGCAACGCCGCCCCACUUCGUCGCAACCUCGAGUCUUACCUCCGUAAGCACCCAGACUGCGAGGAGUACAAGGGACAGGACAAGGACCCGAACCGCGCUCCCAUCGACCCCGUCACAGGUCAUCGCAUCCUCCACCUCAACGAACAUGUUCCCAUAUGGCACACCAUGGAAAACAGAAAAGUAACGGGCAAUGCUGCCCCGCUACGGAAGAAUCUUGCUGCUUAUCUACGCAAGCAUCCUCAGUGUGAAGUGUAUAACAAUCAGGACAAGCGCCUGAGACAGACAAAUUCCGUCCCGGUUUGGGGGACCCACCCAUCGCAGAGCUCAUCCGGUGGCCCUCAUACUUCCCCGUUCGCUUCAGUCCCGGGCGUGUCGUUCCGGAGAGCUGAUGGGGAGCACGGAAAUGGUACUCUCCGGAUAAAUACCGCAGGUGCUUCGAACCAUGCAGGGCCUGGCACAGUGGGCCCGAUGCGUGAUAUGCUAUAUAGAAAUGAAGUUGCAUCCUCGGCAAACCUCAUGGCCAAGUUCGCACAAAUGCAAGGCGGUCGUUCACAACAUCUCACGCCCCUUAACGGACCAGCACACCCCUUCCAAACAGCAAUCCCUUUUGCUGCGUCUUCCCCUCCCUCUGGUUCUCCCGCUCCUGGGACGCCCAGUUAUGCCGAGAUGGUGUCGUCUUGGUCCAACCAACCAGAAUGGAUUCGCUUCUUGAAUCACACUUCGAGCGGAUUUAAUGGGCCACCCGCCAUGGGUACGCCACAACAAUGUCCGUCACAGUUUUAUUUGCACUCAGCAAUGGAUACUGGUGAUAAUGAUGUGAAUGGAAUCCCGAUUCCGGGUCGCUCAUCAAAGGAUGCAGGGGAUAUUGUGAUGGAAGGUUCUCUAGGAGGGCAGUUGGGUUUCAGUGCACAGAUGGGCGAUUUGGCACUCUUCUUGGGAAACACACCAAGAUCGCUGGAUACUGAUCCGGACAUGAUGCAGUUUUCUCCCAGUAAUUACUUGACAUCGGGCACACCGGCAUGCAGUCCGCCGGUUUGGAUAGCACACCAACAACAAAACGGACCAACAACACUUUCUCGAAACUAAGGGAUAUAGAAGUGCUCACUUUUUUCUUUUUGUAUGUUUUGAAUGUAUUUUUGGAUGCGAGGGAUGUUAAUGGUGCUGAGUUUCGAGUAGUACCACGAACUAUGCCGCCAUAUCAUCCCUGUCUAUAUCCACAUGCGGCUGGCGUCCAGUUGACGUCGGCGCAAGAUUAGAAAGUCGUUAGAGUGGAGAGCCACACCUAGUGUACUUGUAGACAGAGGAAGGAAUGUUGCGUUAUCAAUUAACCAGAAGAGUGCAGUAAUGCUGUUUUUACGUAAUAUAGUCAUGUUAUCUUUUCCUGUUGCACGGCGAUAAACCGCCUUGUUGCUGCG